UACUCCAAAUGUUCUCUGGAAAAUGGGUAGUUUCCCUCAUCCACGGCCCUCCAUUGCUAAACAAAGAUAUGGGAAUUGGGAAGAUGAGCAAAACUUCCAUUUGCUCUACCUUCUCCCUUUUCGGCAAACCCAUAUGACAGUAGCAACGCAAAAUAGUGUAGAGAAAAUCUUACAGAAAGUUCAAGGGCGGAGAGGGUGGGUGAGGGAAGGUAGGCUAUUAUUUUCAGCUUUUUACCAUCCUCUUGUACCCUUAUUCAACCUCCCAUCAUGAUUUUUUUAUCUGGGGUAGUCGUUGAUAUACCUUGAUUUGAUCUGUUUCUGGAUUUAUCUUCGUGUUUAAUUCCAUCGAAGAAAUAAUGGAUGAUCCGAUACGUAUGGACUGCCCCAGUGGGGAAUUAUUCAAUCCGGUUCUUACAAUGGGCACCCAGGUUCAUGCCUUCUUGUGAUCUCCCACUUUUUUCAGCUUUUGCUCAAGCCCUUAGGCCAACCAGGACCCGUCGCUCAAAUUCUUGUAUGGAUAGCCAGGACCCGCAACUUUUCUGCAUUAUUGCUGGAGGAAGCAGCUUUGUAUGUACAAUCUUUGCCGUAGCUGUUACCUCAUUUAUAUACGAACAGACUGAAGCACAUGGUUCUACAGUCAUGAUGGCCUUAACGGUAGCCGUGAUUUUGGCUAACACAGCAUCUCCUAUUGUGGUUCGUUUGGCAGCUGAACUCAAGUUUGUGAGUUCAGAUAUUGGGCGGCUGGCUGUAUCUUCCUCAUUGAUUGGUGAUGUCUGUGCUGUAUUUUUAUUUAUUAUAAUUUCAAGAAACAAACAUAAAUACGACUUCUUCCUAUGGAUUAUGCUGGGCAUUGUCUACUUCCUUAUUGUUGUAGCAGUAAUAGUUCUCAACAUGUACGUUGCAAAUUGGCUGAACCAGAGGAAUAGAAAUCAGAAAUAUCUCAAAAAUAUUGAAUUCUUUGGUCUUCUGGCAAUUGUUAUUGUUGCUGCUACAACACUUGAAACUAUGGGUUUCAGCAGCAUAAUAGCUUGUCUAAUCAUUGGAUCAAUGUUUCCUAGAGGCGGCGAAGCUGCUUGGACGCUCAUGAUCAAACUCUCAUACUCACUUCACAACUUCAUACUCCCAAUCUACUUUGGCUACUCUGGAUUCAGGGCAGAUGUUACUUUUAUAAACAGUUUCCUUAACUUUGCCAUUGUUUUCAUAGUUAUCUUGUCGAGCAUUGGUGGAAAAAUUACUGGAACACUUCCUGCUUGUGUUCACCUAAAAAUUCCACUAAAUGAAGGGGUUCUUCUUGCUUUCUUAAUGAAUUUGAAGGGCCAUGUUGACUUGCUUACUUUGACCAUUGGCUUAGAGAAUAAGGUCAUGUCCAGCAACACAUUCUAUAAUUUGAUGAUGGCAGCGGUGGUAAUCCAUUCUUUGAUUUGGGGGCCUUUAAUAGCUUACAUAAAGAAAAAGUUAUAUCGACUGAUUGCAGCAUCAAAGGGGUCUAAAAAUGUAUAUGUAAGUCCAUAUUUAAUGCACCUUAUUGAGCUCCCUGAGAAAAGCAAAACAAAUUUAAUGUAUAAUAAAAAAGAAGAAGACGCGAUUAGUGAUGAUGAUGACUAUGGCGGUAAUGAUGUCGUGGAAAUCAAUGAGGCAGUGGAUAUCUUCCGUGCUGAGAGCGGAGUGAUGAUUCAUCAAGUCAAAGUUGUUUCUUCCUAUGCAACCAUGUAUGCGGAUGUAUGCGACUAUGCUAACGAGAUAAGAGCUUCUAUUAUUAUCCUCCCUUUCCACAAACACCAGAGAAUUGAAAGAUGGAAAGCUGGAAAGUGGCAAGGAGGGUCUGGUGGCUCAUAUACGUCUAGUUCUGAAUCUUUGCAACAUGUUGCUACUCUAUUUUUUGUUGGACCAGAUGAUCGUGAGGCAUUGGGAUUCAGUGGAAGACUUGGAAUGCAUCAUCACAUAAACCUCACAAUUAUUAGGUUCCUCCAUACAUCUGCAAGAAUGCAAACUAUGGGCGUCAAUAUUACCCAGAACAAAGAGGAUGUUUUGAUGGCAAUAUCAGAUCACGAGACAGAAAGCAACUUAGACAGCGCUGUCCUGACCGACUUCUACAACAGGUAUGUAACGACAGGUCAAGUGGGAUAUGUAGAGAAGCAAGUGGAAAAUGGUGCCGAUACAUUGUGUGCUCUAAGGGACAUGGCAGACAUGUAUUCAUUGUUCAUCGUUGGAAAAGGUGGUCGAGAUCACUCUAUUUUAACAACAGGUAUGAAUGAUUGGGAAGAAUGCCCUGAGCUUGGUAAAGUAGGGGAUUUGUUAGCUUCUUCAGACUAUGACGAUAGUGGUUCAGUUUUAGUCAUCCAACAACAUAGACCUUCAAAGAAUGCCAACCAUCAAUAGAAAUGACAGAUGCCAAUGAAUGAUUUUUCAGAUGAAUCCCUACUGUCUCAUCUACCAUACAAUGAUCAUCGACAAGCUUCAUGAUAUUGAGAAAUUAUAGUCGGUAAAUCUUUGGAAAGAUCAUAAGCUAAGAACCGUGCACGUUUAUUCAGAUUGCAGUUGAUCAAUCUCUUGGAACAUGCCUCCCAUGGUCCUUAAAAUACAUAGCAUUGCAUGUAUGUGCACCACGAGACACAACCAUUGUAUAAAAUAAUCGACUUUUUGUACUUCUUGGAUUCGCAGAAGAUGUCUAUUUAUUCAUUUAUUUUUAUUUUUUUUUGGUUGAUCUUCACAGGUAGAAUAGUAGAAAGAUCUGUGUAAAGGGACUAGAUCUUGUGUAUGGAUUCUUUCUAGCUUAUAGAAUGAAGAUUAGAUGUGGA